CUGAGAUUGUAGACUUGUCCUGCAUAAAUAAUUUUAAAUCGCACGAUGCCACGUCGCUCCAAAGUCGAAUUUUGUACUCCCUCGAUUCGGGAUAGGCCUGGCGUAUAUUCAUCGGACGAGGAGGACGGGGAGUUUAUGAAACUCUUGUUCAGCGAAGAAAUGAUGAAGAUAAUAACUUCGAAAGUUGGUUCGGAAUUGGAAGAAGAAGGCAGCAGUGGCCUGCUGAACUCGGUGACCACCAGCACGAACUCGCAGGUGGUGAAGGAUGGCAACAGCCAGGAAGCGGUCCCCCAGAGGGACCGGGAGCCAACGCCGGCGGCUUCGGGGGCAUUGGUGCCAAUUCGGAUGCCAAUGCCGGUGGAUUCGGAGUCGGCGGUGCUGCCAAUACGGAUGCCAAUGCGGGUGGCGGUGGUGGUGCCAACAGCAACGCCUUCGACGGCUUUGGCGGCACUGGAUUCUACGGACGUCAGCUUUAGACAUUAACUCUCCUUUAAAAAA